UCUGAUCCACAGCUGGCACUGUGUUGGCUCCGCUCAGUGGCCUCUGCUACAGGUCCUCCCUCCACCCAGCUGUGUUGUUAUCGACCGGCGGGGAGGAAAGACUGGUCGAUAAGUGGAUCAGAUUUAUUGGCGGUGCAGAUCGGCUACAGCGCGCCAGAUGCCAAAGGAGCCACAGUGCGUGGGACUGCGCACCGCGAGAGGAGACAGACUGCGCGUCUGCGAGUGCGGCACAAUUUCAAGUGGAAGCUUGUGUUUGUGUGUUUCAGGGAAACUAGAGUAAACAACUAAAGCAGCAGAAUGGACCUGGUCAAAUUUGCAGUGUCCUUCCACAUUCUCAUGAGUCCUGCGUGGGCCUCUUCCAAUCACCCUUUCAUGGACAGCAUCCUCUCUGCCCAGUCAGCCCUCAGGUUGCUGGAUGAGAGGAUGAGGUUCGACCCCUGUUGUCUCAUGUCACCGCCUCCGCCGCCGUUCUACCCUCCACCGCCUCAGGUGUGGAAGCGAGGCAGCCCCGAUGAUAUUGGCAUGUUAGAGCCAAGUGUUAGUGGAAAAGAGGAGCAGCAAGGAGAAAAAGCUGUAACACCGGGGUGUUCGCCUGGACCACCCGGACCUCCAGGACCCCGGGGACCAGACGGUCAUGAUGGAUUACCUGGCAUAACAGGACCAAAAGGAGAAAAGGGAGAAAUUGGACGCCCGGGGUCAAAGGGUCGCACAGGAGCCCCAGGUCUCCCAGGGAAACAAGGACUAUCAGGAUGGCCUGGUCCAGAGGGACUCAAGGGUGAGAAAGGGGAUCCAGGACUCAUGGGAUUACCAGGACUGAGGGGCCCACCAGGGACAAAGGGUUUACCUGGCUACAAAGGAGAUAAGGGUUCUCGUGGUGACCUGGGGUCAGCGGGACCAAAAGGCGAUAAGGGUUCCAUUGGUUUGCCCGGGAUGCUUGGCCAGAAGGGUGAGCAAGGACCGAAGGGAGAGCCAGGAGUCUCAGGGAAGAGAGGACCAACUGGGCGGCCUGGGAAGAGAGGCAAACAGGGCAUGAAGGGACAGACUGGAGCCUCAGGAGUCACAGGCCCUGCAGGUCCCGCAGGUCCCAAUGGCCUUCCUGGGCCACCUGGUCCACCUGCCUCAGGUCUCUAUCUUGUGGGGGAAAAAGGAGAGAAGGGAUCCACCGGUGUACCAGGUCGCUGUGACUGUGACACCACGCUUGGAGCUAAUAAUGCUCCUUUCGGCAGCUACACACAACGGGGAGGUGCCAAUAAAGUCCCUGCAAUAUUUGUGGUCAACAACAAAGAGGAGAUGGGCCGUCUUCAUCUGGACAAUGCACUGGCGUUUAGGAAGGAUCAGAGGAUGCUGUACUUUAAAGAUAAAGAUGGAUGGAAGCCCAUACAGCCCUUCCAGGCGUUCCAGUCUACGGAGGAAGUCCCGGACAGAGUCGGUGCAUGUGGGGACGGGAAGGUGCAGCCCCAGCACGGAGAGGAGUGUGAUGAUGGAAACCAGAUUGUCACUGACGCUUGCCUCAACUGCAAGUGGGCCUACUGUGGAGACGGCUACCGACAUGAAGGCAUGGAGGAGUGCGACGGAAAGGACUUUGGUUAUCAGACCUGCAAGUCCUAUCUUCCUGGAUCCUUUGGGCAUCUCAGAUGCACCGACUCCUGCCUCAUCGAUUCCACCGGGUGCAAGUACUUCACCUGAUCUGAAAAGUUAACAACCGCAUUGCGACUUUACAAUUCCUCUUUCUGAUCAUGGGGAGUAAACUUCAGAUUUCUGUUGAAGUUUCACCCCUUAAAAAAUCCUGACAGACUGAGAGGGGAUUAAAGAGAUGCUCUGGUGCCUGCUCUGAGCCAUGGAUGGUUACGGGAGUCAGCUUUUGAAUCGACUGUCUUCCUCGCUGGAGGUUUAACUCUUUUGUUGGGCCUCGGAGAACAGUUACUGUCACAUCAUUGGCUGCAGCACUGUUAUGGACACUGAUUGUGGGAAACAUUUAACAAAACAUAUGACGUAUGAAAUAGUUACAAUAUGUAUGACUUGCUGACUGUUAAUGCAGAAAUAAGCUGUGCUCUCAACUUCUUUUGUAGUGACAGAAUAAAAAGAGCCUUUUCCAAAAGAGCCAAUGACAUUAUGGAUACUAUACGUAUUGUAGUAUGCAAAUAUGUGUAAAUAUGUCUGUACAUUGAAUUAGAAAACAUAUAUUUAUGAAGUACAAUGCUGUCAUAUUGCAUGUAAUUGUGUUUCGGUACACAGCAGACUGCUUUAACCUGUGCUGUAAAUGUACUCGCCAAAGUGUGGCCCUCUAGAAAAUAAUGUGACAGAAGGAAAAGGAAUGCCGAAUGAUUUGAAUUUCUAAACAGCUUGAAUGCCCUGCUCUGUGACACCAAGAUGACUCAAAUAUGAAUUCACUGAAAUGUGAUUAACUGCAUGACAUGAAUGUAUAAUUCAUAAAACACUGUACACUAAUAAAGAUUAGGCCCACACUUAAAAGAGUCCCCAUUCAAUUGAUGCAAUGCGGGUUGUCAGGUCUGUUUGGGAAAAGCAGCCCAAAACUAGAAAUCUGAAUUUGCCCAGCAGCAUUGCUGUCAUUGCCAAAUAUAUAAUUAUAUCUACAAAGUAGUGCCAACAUUUAAAUCAGUUUCCCAUAAACCGUCCUUUCACUUAGAUCCUACAAUGACCAUGUUUUCCUUAGACACUAUAUUAUCAUGAAUAAAAUGUUUGAAAUAUAAAACAUAGCUCUGUGGUGUAGAUUUGUGGUUACUCAUAGACUGUAUAUUAAGACGGACAACACAUCUGCCCUUCUUCCCAAUACUCAGAAAUGAAGCCAAAAUAUCCCAAUUUUGAAUGCCGCCAUCUUUAAUGCCAGAGUCUGCACUGCCACGAUCAAGUGGUUGACCCUCCUACUAGAGAGGUCACACUGAUGUGCAUGCUUGAUUAAU